AUAAAAUUAGUGAUCUUUUUAACUAAUAAUUUUUAAAUUGUUUACUAGUCAAUAAAUAAAUGUAGCGCGCAUACUGUAUAAUAUACACAUGCGCAUGAAAUAUGUUGCAUUGAUUCUUUGGCGUUCCAUGUACGUACGCGAAGUUGAAGAAAUAUCAGCGGGUGAAACAUUUAGGGCGUCUUCAUGUAUAUUAUAAGGAAUAUAUUUAAUUAAAAUGGCUGAGAGUGUUGAUUGUUCAGAUUUUUGUAGACUGUGUUUAGUGAAAGAACAAGUAAACACUCCAAUAUUUGAAGAAUUAGGGGAUUUACAACAAAUUUACAUUAAAAUAACAGCUUGUUUGCCUAUCAAGGUUUCAUUAGAAGACCCUUUACCUAAGCGAAUUUGUGAUGAAUGUAGUUAUAAGUUAGAUCAGCAGUAUAAUUUUUGGAAUACUAGUAUCAAUGCUGAAAAACAGCUAAGACAAUGGCUAGGCUUACCUGAAGAACCCCCUACAAAGUCUGAAAAUGUUGUUAGUGGUAAAAUUAAAAGAGAAAAAGAUAAUUAUGAAAGUCCCAGUAAGCGGCCUAGGAGGAAUGCAAGAAGAAAAGCUGCACAACAUGUUCGACAGGCGGCCGCUGCAGCCAUUGCCGCAUCGGAUAGUGGGCCUGGGGAGGAUAUGGACUUAGAUGCAUUUACAAAGGAAGAGAAUGACUCUGAUAACGACUUUCAUGAUAAUAAUGAAUCCAUGGAAGAUUCAACCUAUGCGAACGUGGGAUUAGAUUCGGAAGAACAUGGUGAAGCAGGUCCAUCCGGAUUACAAAAAGGAGCAGUAACAUCAACAAAUUCUGGCACAGAUGCCGGUGGCCCUGGAAAUAUGUACGGAAACUUCAAGAAUAUAAAAAUAAAACAGGAUCCUGGUGACUUUGAACCUAUUGUAACUAUUCUAGAAUUGCCAUUAAAGAAGAAACUAGAAAAUGCGAUAAACAAAUUAAAAAAUCAUUUCGAAUCUGAGGACGAUGAUGAUGAUUUAACAUUAGCAAAAUUAAAAUUAACAUCAGGUGGUAAGAUACGAAAAAAUUCAACAUCAAAAACAAAAUCAAGUCGAAAAAAAAAUACUCCAAAAAAAGUUAACGUGAAAAAGUUAAAUUCGGAAGCCGAGGAAUAUGAUGAUGAAGAUGAUGAAGAAUAUGUACCAGCUGCAAAAACUAAAAAAUCGAAAAGUAAAACGAAAAAAGAUAAAGAUAAAGACAAAGAUAAGGAUAAGGAUAAGGAUAAAAAUAAAGACGAUAUGUUACUAGAUGAUGUAAAAAUUAAAGAAGAAGAAUUCGAUGAUGAUGAAGAUGGCGGAUAUCAAAAUCCAUUUAAUUACGGUUAUGAUCUACUGCCAUCUUCUGGUAAGAAACGUAAACCAUUCAAUAAGAGUACAAAAUCAUCUUCAUCAACAAAAGCAACCAAAUCAAAAUGGUCUUGUUUAAUAUGCUUAGCUGAUUUGGCAUCAAAAGAUGCAUUAAUUUCUCAUUAUGCCAUACAUAAAAAUGAUCCAAUUAAAGAAGAACAAGAUAUUUCAAUGGAUGGUAGUCGACCAUCUGGAAUGUUACUUGAUAACGUAUUACAAUGUCAAAUAUGUGGACUAGUAUUUGAUACUGAUAAAGAUUUAAAGAAACAUUCAGAAAGCCAUGUGGAUGAACAUUUUCAUUGUGACAUAUGUGAUACAAGUUUUAAACGUGCAUACGAUUUUUCAGCUCAUUCACGUACACAUACCAGUGAACCUGCACUCAAAUGUGAUUUAUGUGAUUAUGAAACAAUUUAUCAGAAUGCGUUAAAAGUUCAUUUACAACGGCAUUCAGCAGAUUAUAAAUACAAAUGUGAAAUUUGUAAUAAAGGUUUCUUUAUACAAAGUUGGUAUGAAGAGCAUAAAAACUUUCACACUGGUGCAAAACCAUUUGUUUGUGAUAUAUGUGAAAAACCAUUUGCAUAUACACGAUAUUUAACAGCACAUAAACGUAAUUUACAUCCAGAAAGUUAUCGUGAUGAACCAAUUAUUAAUGAAUGUGUCAUAUGUUGUAAACGUUUUGCACAUGCAAAAAGUCUUAUGUUACAUAUGCGUGGACAUACUGGAGAGAAUACCGUGUUAUGUGAUAUAUGCGGUAAACGAUUGUCAAGUAAUGAACAUUUAAAAUUCCAUCGUCGAAUACAUACUGGUUACAAACCAUACACUUGUGAUGUAUGUAGCAAAGGUUUUGCCAAAAAAUGUAAUUUAACGUUACAUUUACGUGUGCAUAGCGGUGAAAAACCGUAUGUGUGUGAUGUUUGUGGUAAAUGUUUUUCGCAACGUUCAACACUUGUUAUACAUGAACGAUAUCAUACCGGACAACGGCCAUAUAUUUGUCAUUUGUGUCAUAAAGGAUUUGUUGCAAAAGGUGUUCUUAGUAUUCAUUUAAAAAGUUGUAGUCGAAACACUAUUAUGAGCAACAUAAUGGAAUAAUUUUAAACUAUAUUAAUUAUAGUUACUUUCCA